UUAAACCUUUGUGUAUUCACGUUUAUGAUUACACAAAAGAAUACUUCUGGAAGUGCAGACGUACAUUAUACGAUUGCAUUUUUACUUAUCUAUUAAGGAAUUAUUUUUACUAUGACUUUUCCUGACAACUGCGAAUCCGUGAUGCAAAACGAAAAAAGGAAUGCAAACACGGGACGGAUGCUGAAAGAGGUACUUAUCCAGGCCCAGAUAGAUGGUCGGACAACAUUUGGCAUCUAUGAAUGUGCUCAGCUUCUGAACACAAAUCCGGAUGACGUAACACUCUGCAUCCUUCCCACUGGAUUUAACAAUGACGUCACGGUGCAUAUUCAUCACACUUUAAUGGAAGCUUUCUGUUUGGAAAACGAUAUAAAACUGUUAAAGGUUGACAGUUUAGGGAAACUGGAAAGCAUCUUUUCCGGAAAAGAGAGCUCCAAUACGGAUGUUAUUGACUGCAGCUGUGUUUUAGUCACUGCUCCUGAAAAGACUGACCACGUUUACAAUGACCUUAUGGAUGUUGCUGAUGGACCAGUAGUAGAAAUGCCUGUCUGAUCACAUUGACCACUUUCAUCAUAUAUUUUCACCAG